GGGGCGGUCCCGAGCCGGAGGCCGCGGGCAUUUGCUCGCUUUCCUUACCCAGAGGGUCUGCGCGCGUCUCCAUGCCCGGGCACACGCCUCGCCUGCCCGCUGCGCUGCAGUCGCCUCCCCCAAUAGGAAAGAGUUUCUUCUUUAGCAUUACGGGUGCAUCUGCCCGUUGUUGGAUGUUGGGCCGUCGUUGUGAGAGAGCAGUCAUAGGAUCUCUUGUCUGCACAGGGAGAUCUGCUUUCAGUGAAAUUCUACUCCUUUCUUGGGUGGAUUCGGACAGACCCACAAGAAGUCCCUGUGGCAGAUAAAUGGAAAAAUCCAAAGCGGACCUAGAAUCUGCAGCAAACCACCAAGGGGAAUUCAAUGAGGAACCGCUUCUGGAUGAACCCGAUGUCCGGCCCGCCUGGGGAUCCAAGGUCCAAUAUAUCCUAGCCCAAGUUGGUUUUUCUGUGGGACUUGGCAACGUUUGGCGGUUUCCCUAUCUUUGCCAUCAAAAUGGGGGAGGGGCUUUCCUGCUGUUGUACUUCCUGCUCCUCAUUGUCAUCGGGAUUCCGCUUUUCUUCCUGGAACUGGCAGCCGGACAGGUUAUCCGCCAGGGCAGCAUCGGGGUCUGGAAGCACAUCAGCCCCCGCCUAGUGGGCGUCGGCUUUGCAAGCUGUGUGGUAUGUUCCUUUGUUGCCCUGUAUUAUAAUGUCAUCAUUGCAUGGAGUCUUUACUACCUGGGCAAUUCCUUCCAGCUUCCCCUGCCCUGGGAAAGUUGCCCAGAAGCAUCCAACCAAACAGAAGAUAUGGAGUGUUCCCAGAGUUCUCCCACCACCUACUUCUGGUACCGUGAUGCCUUGAAUGUGACCGACUCCAUUGAGGAGAGCGGGGGCUUCAACCCAGCUCUUGUGGGGUGCCUCUUCGCUGCGUGGGCCAUGGUGUGUCUCGCCAUGAUCAAAGGCAUCAAAUCCUCUGGCAAGGUCCUGUAUUUCAGUUCACUGUUCCCUUACGUGGUUCUCUUCUGCUUCCUCGUGCGGGCAUUGCUGCUGGAAGGAGCAAUGGAUGGAAUUACGAUCAUGUUCACACCCAAGCUGUCCAUCUGGGGCGACAUGCAGGUGUGGCGCCAAGCGGCCACCCAGGUGUUCUUCGCGCUGGGCCUGGGCUUCGGCACCAUCAUCGCUUACUCCAGCUACAACCAGCGCGACAACAACUGUCACAUCGACGGGCUGCUGGUCUCCAUGGUCAACUUCUUCACCUCGGUGCUGGCAUCGCUGGUUGUCUUUGCGGUGCUGGGCUUCCGGGCUAACAUGAUCGCACAGGCUUGUGUGGAAAGCAACCUAGACCACCUGCAUCGUCUGCAGCUCGGUGACUUCCUCCUUCAUGAGCCACCCCCUGCCAGGAAUGUCUCGACCGCUCAGUACAGCGCCUGGUAUCAGGGGCUCUCGAAUGAAACAGAGAAGCGGUUGCUGGAGUUGGGGAUUGGGGACUGUCGCGUCGAGGACGAGAUGAACAAGGGUGUGGAAGGGACCGGUCUGGCUUUCAUCACUUUCACCGAGGCCAUGACGCUUUUCCCGCUGGCCCCGUUCUGGUCCGUGCUGUUCUUUUUCAUGCUGCUCAACCUGGGGCUGAGCACCAUGCUCGGGAACAUGCAAGGGAUCAUCACGCCUUUGAUGGACAACUUCCAGACCCUCAACCGGCGGCGGACCCUCUUCACAGUGCUCUGUUGCGUGGUUGGAUUCCUGUUGGGCCUGCUCUUCGUCCAGCGCUCUGGCAGCUACUUCGUGGCCAUGUUUGAUGACUACUCUGCCACCUUGCCCCUCCUGAUUGUCGUGGCUGGGGAAGCUUUUGCCGUGGCCUGGAUCUAUGGGGCUGACAAGUUCUUGGAUGACAUAGAAGCCAUGCUGGGCUGGCGGCCUUGGCGCAUCUACAGCUACAUGUGGCGCUUCGUUAGCCUGGCAUCAAUGGUGUGCCUGCUGCUAGCAAGCCUGGUGCGCAUGAGUUUGAGUCGCCCGACCUAUCAGGCCUGGAACAAGCAAGAGGCAGAUAAGCAGCAACUGGAAUACCCGCCCUGGGCUCUGGGCCUUCUCAUAGGCCUCAUUGUCUUGGCCGCCCUUCCCAUCCCGAUCAUGUUUGUCCGGCAGUUACUGAUAGAGCGAUUGGCCCGGCGAGGCGGCCGGUCUUCUCUGGCAGUAGCCCCCGUGCCUCCUGAGGAAGAAGACGAGGAGGAAAGAGAGAGCCCAGCUGAUCCUGAUCACCAAAGUAAUGGGUACCUGCUUGUUCAGACCGAAGACAGGCAGGACUUCUAGCUGGGAUGUACCCCAUACAGACCACAACCCAUUCAAACUCUUGGAGAGAUCCACCACUGUAUUAUUUUCCCCUCCGGCUCUGGCUUAAUGGUAUCAGAAGUGGAGUUUCUUUAGAUCCUUUCUGGUGCAGUUUGUUUGGUGGCUGGCUGCCAAAGGCGGGGCAAGCCAAUAAAGCAGGGAAUCAAAAUGGUUUCCACAGGUGACCUCUCCAAACCUACUGGGAACCAAUUGCAGCUUGGCAAGCAAAGACCCUGAAGACAAUGGAAGAGGACUUGAGGUACCUCAGAACAUGUAAACUUGAUGUACAGGUGACCUGAGGUAAACUGGAAGAUCUGAAAACCUUGCAGCCAAAGACGGCUUGCGUUUGCUUUCCAGUGGAUGCCUCUGCAGUGUUUUAAUACUUUCCUGAUAACUGAGGAGCAACGGUUACAAGAUUUCGAGAGCUAACUUUGGAACCUUCACUCGGUGUGCUCGGAAGAGCAGCGUAAGACUCGUUGGGAUCCAAGAACGGAAAUGAUCAUCGCAGACCCAUUGGGGGCUUGUCUUUUUUCCAGCUCCCAUUAGAAUUACUGCCCAUAUUCACUCCUCUCUGCCUUCACUGCUGGUUCUGUCCCCCUCACGGUAUGUAUUAAAUGGUAAAUUCCUUAGGUACAAGGAGUUUUCUGUUUAUUGCCAGUCUGGCGACACCGGAUAUUCUGAUGGUACUCUGUAAUUAUUAGCACUACGCAGAAAUCAAGCAAUAGGCUGCUGGCAGAAAGGACAGAAUCCGUCAGGCGACAAGAUUUCCUCAUCGGCUUCCUCUGGUACACGGCUAACUGUAUUCUGGCCACAACACCCUGGAAAUAAAACUGAGUUUGGGGUUCGCAGCAGGUGAAAUCCAGUAACCUCCAGUAUCUGGCAAAGAAUGUUGUUAAAUUCAAGGCAUCACAUAGUGACUAAGAGCGAACUAUGGAUGAAAUGUCCUUGCCCUGUUGAUCUCAGCUUUGCCUCAAAUUUACUAGAUGGCUUUUGGGACAGCAGUGAUUUAAGAACAUACAAGUAGACUUGUUGGAUCAGGCUAAUAUUCAGUGUGGUCCGGAGUUCUUCUUUCCAGUGGUGGAGAGUCAGGUAGCAACGGGAAGCCCGCAAGCUGUUGACUGCUCUCCAGCAUCUCAUAGUGAGAGGUGUCCUGCCUCUAAACCUAGAGGCACUAUUUGACUGUUGUGGCUAAUAGUCAACAAUAAACCUGUCCAGACCCUCUAGGAAUGUAUCCAUCACUGUGGGGCAGUGAGUUCCAUAAGACAACUUCUCUUUUUGUGAAGAAGUUCUUCAUUUUGUCUGUCUUGAACCUACGUGGCAGGGGGUUGGACUUGAUGGCCCUUGUGGUCCCUUCCAAGUCUACGAUUCUACUAUCCAUCAGUUUCACGCUUCGAUCCUGACUGUUAGUGUUAUGAGAGAAAAGUUAAUAACUCUUCUUUCUCUACGCCAGCGCCGUGGCGCCACCCAACACCUUUCCUAGGGCCCACCAAGUAUUUUUUAGGAAGUGGGUGGGCCCGCAAGGCUUCUGGUUGCCUCUUGGAGAUUUGAUUGGCUGUGUCGAUGCUUUGGCAGCAGCAGUCGCUACAACACAAAGAUCUACACUGCGUGACAGAAGUUAAACUGCAACUGCCGUUUGGUGGCUGCUUCGGCCUUCUGCCAUUUUGCAGCAGCUGUUUGGUUGCUGCGCCCACCAUGCCGCGUCAGAAUUCCAAAGGCUCCCACGGGCUCAAAAGAGUGGGAGACGCACACCACGCAUAAUUCUGUGCACCCUGUUGCCAAAAUCCCUCAGUUGUUUCUUUUCCUAAACUAACUCCCCUUCCUGAAACUUUUUUGCCUUGCUUUAUAAGACUGGCCUUCCAACUACGUGAUCUUUUUGGAUGUCCCUUUUUCUGCACUUUUUUUCUCGGUUCCGCAGCAUCCUUGUUGAGAGGCAGCAACCGGAAACGUUACUGAAUUCCAUAUGCAGCCACACCACGGACUUGUAAACAGAUACUACAAGAUUGGCGGUUUUAAUUCAGUUCCAUGUGUCAAUUUACCCUAGGCCAUGUGCAAUUGCGAGAUAACAGCAUUGGCUUGCCCUCUGAGAUUGUCAAACGGGGCAUGGGCAUAAUGUAUAUGGAGUGUUUUGAAUGUUCAGAAGGUAGC